AUGAUUGGCUGUCCGCUGACACGCAUCCAUUCGGUGUUUGGUUGUGGCGUUUAGUGAUCCGCCGGGCAUGUUUGAAUCGAAAAUGAAAAGAUCCGACUUGUGUUCUGGAGACUGGGAUUGUUUCGCUCCCAGUUGAUAACAAUUGAAAGGUGUUCUUCUGGCAGCUGCAGUUUCUUGUGAUUUUGGCGAUAUAUGAUAACGCCUAACAGUUUUUGAGGUCCCUCUUUGAAUUACGUCCUUUUAAAAAUGGAGGUUUCGACCUAUUUGUGGCUUUUGUCGCUCUGCACGAGUCUUGUGCAAGGAAAACCCACUCUCAGGAAAGAAAGAGUUCACCACGAGCCCGAACUGAGCAGACAAACACACGAAGACAACCAGAGUUAUCAAUACGACCACGAGGCCUUUCUGGGCAAAGAGGAGGCCACCACAUUUGACCAGCUCACCCCGGAGGAAAGCAAAGCCAGAUUAGGGAAAAUUGUUGAGCGUAUCGACAGCAAUGUUGAUGGAUUUAUCACCACUGAUGAACUCAAAGCCUGGAUCAAAAGAGUUCAGAAGCGCUACGUUUAUGAGAACGUUGCAAAAGUCUGGACUGACUAUGACCUGAACAAAGACAACAAGAUCUCUUGGGAUGAAUACAAGCAGGCGACUUACGGUUACUACCUCGCCAACCCAGAGGAGUUUGAAGAUGCUACAGAUCAGUUUAGCUUCAAGAAGAUGCUUCCACGAGAUGAACGCAGGUUUAAAACCGCAGACCUCGAUGGCAAUUUGGCUGCAGACAAAGAGGAGUUCACUGCUUUCCUCCACCCAGAGGAGUUCGCUCACAUGCAGGAAAUUGUGGUUCUUGAAACUCUGGAAGACAUUGACAAAAAUGGCGAUGGUCAUGUCGAUGAAGAUGAAUACAUUGCGGACAUGUUUGCACAUGAAGAUGCUGGUCCAGAGCCAGACUGGGUAAGGACUGAGAGAGACCAAUUUUCAGAUUUCAGAGAUCUGAACAAAGAUGGGAAGAUGGACCUAGAAGAGAUUCGUCACUGGAUCCUGCCACAGGACUAUGAUCACGCACAGGCAGAAGCCAGACAUCUGGUGUACGAGUCAGACACAGACAAAGACCAGAUGUUGAGCAAAGAGGAGAUACUUGAGAACUGGAACAUGUUUGUUGGCAGCCAAGCCACCAACUACGGUGAAGACCUUACCAGGAACCACGAUGAGCUCUGAGCCCAACUGACCUCUACCUGAAAACACAGGUAUCCGAAACUCAAACUCCAUGGCAUCCUUCCUUUCAGAAGCCAUGCAACUGACUGAUGAACUGCAGCUCUACCUCACAGACUGGACAUAGAGGACCACUGACUGAUGGCCAUAGUCCUGAUACAAUACAAGGAGAUUCUCCUUCGCUCUAUGUUCGUUUUGUGGGUGCUCAAGAAACUCUUGAGAGUCUGCUUGAGCUGCUACAGAUUUCUGAGCCUUUCAUCUCCAACGUGUUUCAUUUUUAAAUCGGUCCUAGUCCAAAGCUUGUACCUGUACAAGCAGUGCAGGUUUUUGUCUGAUCAAAUAGUCUAUUUAUUUGGAAUUUGAAUUGAAUUUCUUGCUUUGAAAUUACAAUGCUUUUACUCCCUCAAACACAAGUCACUUCAAACACUACAAGUGUUGAUAAACAUAACAUGAAUACAUGAAUGUGUAAUCACACUAUUGAUUAUCAAAAAGUUCCCGCUGCUGGCCAAUAAUGAGUCUUAUUUGUUUUGACACCAUACAUGUUUUAAACAGAGCUGCCUUUGAUGCAAUUUACCUUAUGUCUUUAUGUUUGCACAUGUGGUCUAUUUUUAGCUAAUGUCCGUUAAUAUUAAUCCCUAUUUAUACUAUCCAUUUCAUGUCACUUUUUUAAAAUUGGAUAAUUAAAGAGUCUAUAAAGUGUG